UGAACCGCAGCAGCAGCUUCAGCAGCAGCUAGGAAGGUAGCCAGCGGUUAGCUUAGCACCGCUGCGCUGGUUACAUCAUUAAAACGCAUAGACGAGUUUAAACUACAACAAAAAAAAUACAGGGUCAUCAAGCCUGCAGAUAACUUGCAACUAAAUGUCUACAUCGUGAGGUUAUUACGGAGGGGGCCGUGUUUUUUUUUUUUUUUUUUUUUGUGGCAGGCUGGGUUGAUUCUGAAUGGGAAGAUGUGCAAUGGAAUUAUAGAGUCAAUUUCAAAUACCUUCUGGGGCCCUCAGAGGCCCUUUGUUUUGCUGCUGGCACUGACUCUGGUGUCCACUACCCAAGGUUCAGGAUGCGUGAGGCCUUAUAUGGUCCAGAACAGCUGGGUAAACCUUACAGAAACCAACAGAGGCUUGUUUCCUGUGGGCACAGUGCUGCAGUACAGCUGUGACCCUGGUUACCUGCCAGAUGGACCCAGCAUCCUCACCUGCACCACAUCAGGGCGCUGGUCCUCAGAACCCCCUCAGUGCAUACGAAGUGGAGCAUGCCUACCCCUCUCCAAACCUGAGAACGGGGGCUACACCUGCCAUCCAUCCCCAUGUCGGUUGUUUUCCCAUGGCACCAUAAUAGAGUUCAUCUGUAACGAGGGCUUUGCUCUCAGCGGAGACUAUCCCUACCUGACGUGUCAGGAUGGACAGUGGGACGGACCUAUGCAGAUCAGUUGUGUGAGCAAAGGUUGCAUUAGACCUUCUCCGGUUCCACACGGCUCAGCUGAUCUGAUGGACACCAACAGGAGCUUGUUUCCGGUGGGGACAGUGUUGCAGUACAGCUGCGAUCCAGGGUACCUGCUAGUCGGACGCAGCAUCCUCACCUGCACCACGAUAGGAGACUGGUCCUCUAAUCUUCCUCGCUGCAUCCGCAAUGAUGUUUGCCAAUCUCUAUAUCAGCCAGAAAAUGGAGGUUACACCUGCCACCCUUCCCCAUGCAGACGAUUUUCUCACGGUACUGCUGUGGAGUAUUUCUGUGAUGAAGGUUACAUUCUGAAAGGAGACAGCAAAUUCAGAACUUGUCGUUAUGGAAAAUGGGACAACAUAUCACCCGUCAGCUGUGUCAUUAAACAAGGUUGUGUAAGACCCUCCAUGGUGGAACAUGCCAUAACAAACCUAACUGACCUGAAUAGUAGUUUGUUCCCAGUGGGGUCAGUGCUGCAGUAUAACUGUGAGUCUGGUUACUUGUUGGAUGGAGCCAGCAUCCUCACCUGUACCACACCGGGACACUGGUCCUCCGAACCGCCUCGCUGUAUACAUAGUGACGUUUGUGAUUCUCCAUAUCAACCAGAGAACGGAGGCUACACAUGCCACCCAUCCCCCUGCCGAAGAUUUUCUCAGGGCACUGUGGUGGAAUAUUUCUGCGAUGAAGGCUACGUUCUGAAAGGCGACUAUAAGUAUCUUACCUGCCAGUAUGGCCAGUGGGACAACCAGAUGAAGAUCAGCUGUGUCAUGGAGCAAGACCACAUUCCAACGUUACCUUUGGGAAUGCCUGCCUUGUCCAUAGUAGCUUCCACCGCAAGCUCAGUGGCUUUGAUCCUGCUCCUGGUGGUGCUGUUUGUACUUCUGCAGCCUAAACUCAAGUCUUUCCACCGGCGUGACCACGGGGUGUCAGGGCAGCCUGUCUCCAUCAUGGUGGAAGGGGUCCAGGUGACUCUUCCCUCCUAUGAGGAGGCUGUGAGCAGCAACGGAGCCUCAACACUUAGCCCAGAGUCUAGAGUGCAGAUCGUGUUGUCUGAGGGUCAGCAUGCCUCACCACUAGAGGCUGGCCCGUCGAGGCCAUCCUCUCUCAAACAGCAGCAGUCAGAGAUGCCUGUCCACCCUGGGCUGCAAUCCUCCUCUUCCUCACCGUUGUCGUCUGGUUGGAUUCUGGAGCAUGCAGGUGCAGCUGGAGGCACAUCAGCCGCACGUAGAAGGCCGUCUGCAGGCAGCGACCAACAAAGCCUGUCUCUAGACUCAGAGAUGGACUACUCUGAUGAUAUGCCGUUACUGAAGGAGGCUUAAAGCAUAUGGAACAACUGACCUUUACUGGUUUGCAGACUUUUAUCAACAGAGAUGACGCCAGUGAAUAGUGAACCACUCUCAGAAGCUCAUCAAACCAAGGAGUCAAUUACAUGUACAUAUGUUAAAUCUAGGCUUCCCCACAAUAUGUGUGUUUUUCUACUUCCUGAAAACGUAGAAAUGGAAGGAGAGACAGGUCAAAGGGCGCUUGUCUUUAAAGAAAACUGAGACUGAUGCUUCGAUGUUUAUUGAGCAAGUCUUUACUCAUUUUGUAAAAACAAAAAAAUCUGACUUGUUUACUUUUCUGAGAUCAUACAUCAUGUUAAAACACAUAUGCUAAAUGCAUGAACUCAUUUUCCUGUAGAAGAAGUAAAUGCUUAGUGUUUUCUUCUAAGUUUUUGUAAGUUUUAAAUUAUGUCAUUGUGCAGGUCAAUACUACAUACAUCAUUUUUCUCCUGCUGAUUUCCGCUCUUCUCGCUCAUACUCUUCCUUAUAAGGCCUUAGCUUUCCACUUCUAUGCACUGUACUAUGUGAAAUAAGGAGUUUUAAAAGUGAAUGUCAGUAAAAUGCCCUUACUGCUUAGUGAUUGAUUAGUUGUGGCAUCGUGAAACACCUCACUUGUACACCUGAAGAUAUUGUCUUUGUUAAUUUAUUCAGGCUUCUGGGAAACUCCUGCUUUAAGCCUAAAUGUGUUUGUAAUAUAUUUGUUCUGAGAAAGCUGUUGAUCAGCUGUUGCAUUGCCUCUGCAGCUCGUGUUGUUGAUUAAAGAUGGUUAGCUUCUCCUUUUACCCCAGCUGCUGUGACAUCAGAUUUGAUGUGAAUUCCUCGGGAAGAAAAGCCUGACGGA